AUGAAGCAUCUCCUCCAGCUCCUCGCGGUUUCCACUGCCUUGCUGCUGUCAUGCACAGCCUCUCAUACCGCUAUCACUGCCAGCACUGGUGAGAAUGAUGUCUACGAGGUGGCUCAGGUCUGCUAUCCUGAAGUGGACGACUUUGGCUCUGUCCCACCUUGUAUUUCUAUUGCCAAAAUCGAGGCGGCGUGCCAGCCCAAUGGCACUGAUGGCAUUGAUUACAACGCCCACGCUCAGUGUAUGUGCCAAGGCAGCUACUUUACGGACUGGACUGGAUGCCAGAAUUGCCUCUUUGUCCAUGGCUACCGAAGUGCUCGCGAUCACGUCUACUGGGAGGGGGUUCUCUCUGUUGCAUCAAGCUCUCUUUGUCAAGGCACUCCUACUGCUCUCUUCCAGGCCAUCUUCACUGCGGCCCAGGCUGAUACCCAAGCGGCUCCCAUUGUCACGACUGGCGAUACCAAGUCCGUGGAUGAGUUCCCAAGCCAGACAGAUGUCAGCCUUUACUACACCACGACUCCUCAGGCUUCGCAUACCUCUGCUGCUAACCUUGAACUGACGGCUCCGAACAGCAAUGGCGCCUCUUUACAAACUGCGAUCACUGGAAAAACAUGGGGGAUUACUACCUUGACCACCCGGGAUACAAGUACACCCGCGUCCGAGUCGACGUGCGGCGCUGGGUGCGGGAAAGCGGCCUCUUCCAGAGCGGUAUCAACUGCACUUACAAGUGCCGCGGCAGCAGACUAUCGGCUGUGGCAAGCGGGUUGGCAUGCAACUCUUUCGACAAUUCUCUUCACUCUGUUCAUGAUGGCCUGUUGUGUAUGA